GAAGACACCAAUAUGUGAAACUCCAAAUCUCCUACUGAAAUGCUUGCAGUCACACUGAGGUAGUGCACCAGUGUUCACAUUUGGUGAAGAUAUUUUGAGGGAAAGAUUCUUCACGUGGCGUGAUACCUGUGUCCUCGCAUUAUGAGCUGCACAAGCGUUACUUGGUUCAUCUGCAUUUUUGCGGCAUUAGUCACAGUUACCAACUACAGUGACGCAGACUCAAUUUCAGGAUCUGAUCCUGAAGUCACAGCCUACCGUUCAAGAGCCGACAAUCAAGAACCGCCGACAGCGGACCUGGCCCGCCUGCUGGACUCCGGGGUGGGGGCCGUGGUGUGGCUGGUGGCGGGCGACACGCGCCUGGUGGCGCACAGGGCCGUCCUGGCUGCCCGGAGCCCGGUGCUGGCCGCCAUGUUGCGCGACGACUCGCCGGAGGCCAGCAGCGGCCGGAUCAGCAUCUCGGACGUGGAGGGCCCGGUGCUGCGCCAGCUGGUGGCCUACAUGUACACCCUCCGGGCCCCCCAGCUGCCCGACGUGACCCCACAGCUGGCGGCCGCCGCUGACAGGUACGGCCUGCCCGCCCUGAAGGCAGCGUGCGAGCAGCAGCUGGCCGCGCAGCUCUCUGCGGGGACUGCGGCGGCUGCAGCUGUGCUCGCGGUUAGGCGCACCUCCGACAGCCUCAGGCAGGCCGUCGCCGACUUCGUGAAGGCUCACCUGUUCCACGUGAUGCCACACACGGUGCGCGGCAAGCACCGAGAUGUGACUGAAGCUAGUCACCAACACUCUGAUCCAUUUGCUGAAACGAGCACGGCAGCCGCCGCCGCCGCCGCCGCCGCCGCCCCCACCACUCUGCCCCACAGCGACCGCAGCCACCACGGUGGGACACCCUCGCCUGCCUGCCACACCCCCACACCAGAUGACGCUGCUAUCUCUCUCCUGCGGAACCUUUCUGCCGAGGAGAAAGACACGAGGCUGAUUUUGGCAGCUAAGAACGGAGCAGUGCAGCAGAUGCAGGCACUGCUGGCCGCUGGGGCGGACGUUGGGGCCGAAGACAGUGACAGGAACACCGCCCUGCACUGGGCAGCCUGGGAGGGCCACUUGCAGGCAGUCGGGUGCCUUCUGGGGGCCGGCGCAGAUGUGGACGCCGGCAACUGGGUGGGGAACACGCCGCUCCACUGGGCAGCGUGGGGCGGCCGGGAAGCUGUGGUGCGCCUGCUAGCCUCGUCUGCCGCCGACCUCGACGCCAGGAACCGGGACGGGAUGAGGCCGCUGCACGAGGCGGCCAAGCACGGGCACGCGGCGGCGGUGGCUGCGCUGCUCGACGCAGGGGCCGACAGGCGGGUCACCACUGGCGAGGGCUACACGCCGCUGGACCUCGCCAGGCAACACAACCACGACCACCUGGUAGACAUACUCAGCAGUCCGACAGACUCCACCUGAUCAAAAAGAAACCAUCUUCAUUACAUUACUUUUCAAUAGUUUUGAAAUAAAGAAUACAGAAAGUUAA